UCAAGACGUUUGGUCACCACCUAACGUUCAAAGAAUCGAAGGAUCCUCCUCCUAUCCCUUAACGCUCUCUGGUACCGACGGGUUUCGAAUCUUUUGUCACUUUCGUGGGGGUGGAAAAGAAAAGCGCUUUGGAGGACACAGAAUCAGAUCCCAUCACAUAUUAUCAAACACAAGCAUAACGACGAUGAAGCUGACCAUUGAUAGGUUCUCUGUGGCUUUGUUGCUGGGCACUAUAGUAGUUCUUUCUGGGGUCUGUGAAUUUGGGUUCUGCUUUGAAGACGACCAGUCCAUAAGGAUGAAGCUUGGAGGGGUUCACGACUGCAAGGGCUCUCAGAACAGCGGUGAGAUCGAGACCCUCGCGCGUUUCGCUGUCCAAGAACACAACAAGAAAGAGAAUACCCUGCUCGAGUUUGCAAGGGUUUUGAAGGCCAAAGAACAGGUGGUUUCCGGUAAGAUAUAUCAUCUGACACUAGAAGCAAUUGAUGCUGGUAAGAAGAAGAUAUAUGAAGCUAAAGUCUGGGUGAAGCCGUGGAUGAACUUCAAGCAGUUGCAGGAAUUUAAGAAUGCCCAUGAUGCCCCUUCCUUUACCCAAUCAGACCUCGGUGCUAAACGUGGUAAUUGACCACUGCAAGUUUGCAAUCUGUUCCUAAAGUCCUGUGUUGGGUGUUUUUCCUUUCCCCCCCAUUUAAGUUGUAAUUAUACGUGAAUUAUCUGUAAUGGGCACAUCAACAGUGCAUGAGAUAGGUAUUGGUAUGGCUAAUGUUUCCAAUGAACCUAAGUUUAGAGUAAUGUGUCCAUCUUAGUUAGGAGUUUUCACUUUGUGUAGAUACCGCAGUCGUAUGCUGUAAUGCCCUUCUAUGAUUUCUUAGGUUGAAUAGGAAGCAUCACUUCUUUUAUUUAUUUAUUUUUGAUAAGUAGGAACUAUCAACUUUCCAUGUAGCUGUUGCAAGAAUGGCAAAUAUGACAGUAAUACAUCUAUACUUGUAUUUUGACUA